AUGCAACAAAAUGUGCAGGUCAACGAGUGGAUUUACCCGGCAUUACAAGUCACAGUAACAUGUUGCCAAUGCAAUAAGUGUUAUGCAUCCUUGCAAAACCCGGGGCUUAAUGUAGGCUUACUCGCUGGUCUAAUGAGUCACCUUCUAUUAAUAUCUAUCUAUCUACCUAUCUAUCUAUCUCAGUCUGUUCAUAUCUAUCUAUAUCUCAAUCUAUUAAUAUCUAUCACAUCUAUUCAUAUCUAUCUAUCUAUCUCUUUGUUUCUUUCUUUUUUUCUUUGUAAGUCUGUUCCAAUCAAGUCUGUUUCUAUCUAUCUAUCUAUCUAUCUAUCUAUCUAUCUAUCUAUCUAUCUAUCUCUUUCUUUCUUUGUUUCUUUCUUUGUAAGUCUGUUCCAAUCAAGUCUGUUUCUAUCUAUCUAUCUAUCUAUGAAACCUAUUCAUAUCUAUCUAUCUAUCUAUCUAUCUAUCUAUCUAUCUCCUAUUAAUAUCUAUCACAGUUUAUUAAUAUCUAUCUAUCUAUCUAUCUAUUUCACUCUAUUCAUAUCUAUCUAUCUAUCUAUCUAUCUAUCUAUCUAUCUAUCUAUCUCAGUCUAUUUAUAUCUAUCUAUAUCUCAAUCUAUUAAUAUCUAUCUCAUCUAUUCAUAUCUAUAUAUCUAUCUAUCUAUCUAUCUAUCUAUCUAUCUCAAUAUAUUCAUAUCAAUUGAUGUAUCUAUCAUGCAAUCUGUCAUUUAUUUAUCUAUUACAUUUGUGGUUUAG